CUGUCAUCAGCAUCUGCUCUAAACGAUGACGGUAGUGUCAGAAACAGCAGUUUUUGCUUAAAAAUAAGGGAAAGUCAGAGCAGCUGCAAUCAUGUAUGGCUUUGUGAAUCACGCCUUGGAGCUCCUGGUUUUAAGGAAUUACGGGCCGGAAGUGUGGGAAGACAUCAAGAGAGAGGCCCAACUUGAUAUCGAGGGUCAGUUCCUUGUUAGAAUCAUAUAUGAAGACGCCAAAACAUACGAUCUUGUCGCCGCUGCAAGUAAAGUUCUCAAGAUAAAUGCAGGAGAUAUCUUACAGAUGUUUGGGAAGAUGUUUUUUGAAUUCUGUCAGGAGUCCGGAUAUGACACCAUCUUGCGAGUGCUAGGAUCGAAUGUCCGUGAAUUCCUGCAGAAUCUGGAUGCUCUCCAUGACCACCUGGGUACCAUUUAUCCCGGGAUGAGGGCUCCUUCGUUUCGCUGCACCGACGCAGAGAAGGGGAACAAUCUGAUUCUUCACUACUACUCAGAGAGAGAAGGCCUGCAAGACAUUGUGAUUGGCAUCAUUAAAACAGUCGCUCAGCAAAUCCACGGAACAGAGAUAGAGAUGAAGAUGAUCCAACCCAAAAGCGAGGAGUGCGACCACAUCAAGUUCCUGAUUGAGGAGAAGGAUUCAGAAGAGGAGGCGUUCUAUGAGGAUCUGGACGGCUUUGAGGAGAAUGGCACGCAGGAGACUCGGAUCAGCCCAUACACGUUUUGCAAGGCCUUUCCGUUCCACCUCAUGUUUGACAAAGACCUGAUGCUCACACAGUGCGGGAAUGCCAUUUAUCGAAUCCUUCCCCAGCUCCAGCCUGGUGCCUGUAUCCUCCCUUCAGUUUUCUCUUUGGUCCGUCCUCACAUUGACUUCAGUUUUCAUGGCAUCCUUUCUCACAUCAACACUGUCUUCGUUCUGAGAAGCAAGGAGGGUCUGCUGAAUGUGGAGACUGUAGAGAACGAGGACGAGCUGACGGGGGUGGAGAUCAGCUGUCUGAGAUUGAAAGGACAGAUGAUUUACUUGCCAGAGGCGGAGAACAUCCUUUUUCUUUGCUCACCCAGUGUGAUGAACCUGGAUGAUCUUACAAGAAGGGGACUGUACCUGAGCGACAUCCCGCUACAUGAUGCAACGCGUGACCUGGUACUGCUGGGUGAGCAGUUUCGUGAGGAGUACAAGCUGACCCAGGAGCUGGAAAUCCUGACAGAUCGCCUGCAGCAUACACUCCGGGCCCUGGAGGACGAGAAGAAAAAGACUGACAGAUUGCUGUAUUCUGUUCUGCCGCCAUCUGUCGCCAACGAGCUGCGACACAAACGGCCUGUCCCGGCAAAACGCUACGACAACUUGACCAUCCUCUUCAGUGGCAUCGUUGGAUUCAAUGCCUUCUGUAGCAAGCACGCCUCUGCUGAGGGAGCCAUCAAGAUAGUCAACCUGCUCAAUGAUGUUUACACACGUUUUGACAUCUUGACAGACUCCCGGAAGAACCCUUAUGUAUACAAGGUGGAAACAGUCGGUGAUAAAUACAUGACGGUGAGCGGCCUGCCGGAGCCGUGCAUACAUCAUGCCAAGUCAAUCUGCCACCUCGCUCUUGAUAUGUUGGAGAUUGCUGGACAAGUCAAAGUGGAUGGUGAACCCGUACAGAUUACUAUUGGGAUCCACACAGGAGAGGUUGUGACUGGGGUGAUUGGCCAGAGGAUGCCCAGAUACUGCCUCUUUGGAAAUACAGUCAACCUCACUAGUCGUACAGAAACUACUGGUGAAAAGGGCAAAAUAAACGUCUCAGAGUAUACUUACCGGUGUUUGCAGUCAGCUGAGAACGCCGACCCUCAGUUUCAUUUGGAGUAUCGAGGCCCCAUCACCAUGAAAGGAAAGAAGGAACCAAUGAAAGUGUGGUUUCUGUCCAGGAAGCCCACUGAUACUGAGUCGACCUCAGUUAAAGCUUAACUAUUCUCAUUCAACACUGUGUCAUGGUACCAUACUAGUCAGAUUUUGACACAGAGAUGAGAAGGAUUAGUGAUGAUCUAUCCACAAACGUACAGAUAUUUUUAAUAUGAUAAAUCACAUGAACUCAUUUCAAAGUGUAUCUGAAUCUACUGUAUUAAUCUUUGUUUCUGGCCUCACCGUAUAUUUUUUUAGCACGCACACACAAAAUGCAGUGUUUGAUAAAUAGUUGAGGUUAGUGAUCUACUGUAAGGUACACCUAAAUUUGAUACAUUUUUUGACAAAUUACGCUCAUGUAAUUAUUUUAUAUAACAUCACUGAACAGAUUUUGAUGAUUAUAACAUUUUUCAUCUAACCUCAAUGUUUUUAGUUGCUAGUUUUGUCGUAAAUACUGUGUACCGGCCAAAAAUACUGAGAAUAAAUAGUUCACCCUGUGUGCCAAAAAUAACUAAUGUAAGUUUAGAUAUAUGAGAUAUGUUUGAAUCAUUGUUUUUUUGACUUUUUGAGUGAUGAUAAAAUGAAAUGAAAUCAAACAGAUUUGGGUAAAAUCCCUACUGUGUUAGUUAAACAAUGAUAAUGUUUCUAUAUAUCAUGUUUGUGUCCAAACCGUUACUGUCUCUGUUUUUGUGCGAACCAUUUUUGUUCAUUGGAUACGACAGUAAAGAGGUUUUACACUGAAUAUAUUACACUGGCAUCGAGAAGACAUUGUUAAAUAUUGAAUUCAGCUUCACCAGAGCAAACAAAAGCUCUGCCAGCUCCCUUCAGUGAUUGUGCAGAUUGUAGUCUAACAGUUCCCUUUAAAAAAAAAAAAAAAAGAAUUUAGAUAUUAUAGCUAUAUGUAUUUAUAUACAUUUAUAUCACCGUGUUCAUCAGCUCUUUGGCACUAAAGUCACUGUGCUUACUAGUUUGAUAUCUUUCAAAUAAAAGAUAUAUUUGAUGUUUAGUUAUUUAAAAAAUAAAAGUCACUGAUGAUGUAGUGUUUGAGCCAUAAGCAAACCUGUUUCAUCACGUAUCUAUAACUGAAAUAUUAAAGCAGUCCCACCAUAGAGCACUAUACACCACUUUAUUUAAUAUACACACACAUCGCACCUCUCUCCUUAUCAUGAAUGAAAAUAACAUUGAUUACUGUUUUGAAUUCUACUGUUAAUUGCCGAGAUAUUCUUAAAAAUGGACAUAUUUAUUGUUACUUGGUAUUUAUUUUGUGAUAAGAUCUCUAUAUUAUAAAAUGUAGCUAUGACCUUUAGAAAACAGAAUAUACAAAGAAAAAUAAACUUUAUUACGGAUGAAACUAAUGUAUGUGCCUCCAUGAUGUUUAUUAUUAAACUAAAACAUGUACUGUACACGUUGGGUUAAUUGCUCAUGAGUAUACUGUAUACUACUGUACCUUUUUUCUCCGUGUUUUUCCAUAUUCGCUAUUAUUAAAUCUCAGAUAACCUUGCAAGCAAUCCAGAUCCAUGCAGACUGAAACAGAUGCCUCUUGUCCUGUA